GGUCGUGGGUAGAGGCUGUUAGAGCCCCCCCCACGAGGGCCCGGACGCCUGGGUCCUGGUCGUGAGGGGGAAGGGUCCUGUUUCCACUCUGGAAGGAGGGCGGUUCAGAGCUGGGGUCUGGACGCCUGGGUUCUGCUUUCAGUGGAGGGCUAAGAGCGAGGCACCGUAGCCCCUGAAGGAGGGUUCCCGGCCCUAUUGUUGUCUCGCUUUGCAGCCUUGGGCAAGUCGUGUUACUUCCCCUCCCACGGCACUGGCACUGCUGCCUCUUGCUUUCCUUGCCCUUGGGUCUGAGGACUGGUGGUAAAAAUGGCAGAGUGUUCUGGCCUUCAGUUUGUCAGCCCCUAUGCAUUUGAAGCAAUGCAGAAGGUGGAUGUUGUGCGCUUGGCAGCACUAAGUGAUCCAGAGCUAAGGCUUUUAUUGCCUUGCCUGGUGCGAAUGGCUCUUUGUGCCCCAGCUGAUCAGAGCCAAAGUUGGGCUCAGGAUAAAAAACUUAUUCUUCGACUCCUUUCGGGAGUGGAAGCUGUCAACUCAAUUGUUGCCUUGUUGUCUGUGGAUUUUCAUGCCUUGGAGCAGGAUGCGAACAAAGAGCAGCAGCUUAGACACAAACUUGGAGGAGGUGGUGGAGAAAGCAUCUUGGUGUCACAACUUCAGCAUGGUCUGACCUUGGAGUUCGAGCACAGUGAUUCACCUCGUCGGCUUCGUCUUGUGCUUAGUGAAUUAUUGGCAAUUAUGAAUAAGGUUGUGGAGACAAAUGGUGAGUUUUUCUUCAAGUCGUCCGAACUCUUCGAAAGUCCUGUCUAUUUGGAGGAAGCAGCAGAUGUUCUCUGUAUUUUACAAGCAGAACUACCUUCGCUAUUACCCAUAGUGGAUGUGGCUGAAGCUCUGCUACAUGUUAAAAAUGGAGCCUGGUUCCUGUGUCUCCUAGUGGCCAACGUUCCUGACAGCUUUAAUGAAGUUUGUAGAGGUUUGAUUAAGAAUGGUGAACGACAAGAUGAGGAAAGCCUUGGAGGCCGUCGUAGGACAGAGGCGCUUCGACACCUGUGUAAAAUGAACCCUUCCCAGGCCCUGAGGAUCCGAGGCAUGGUGGUGGAAGAGUGCCAUCUACCAGGCCUUGGUGUGGCUUUGACACUGGAUCACACAAAGAAUGAAUCUUCGGAUGAUGGAGUAAGUGACCUGGUAUGUUUUGUGAGUGGAUUACUUCUUGGAACAAAUGCAAAAGUUCGGACGUGGUUUGGGACUUUUAUCCGAAAUGGACAACAGCGAAAAAAGGAGAAUGUCAGUUCUGUGCUUUGGCAAAUGAGAAGGCAAUUGCUCCUGGAAUUAAUGGGGAUCCUUCCCACUGUGCGCAGCACACACAUUGUAGAAGAAGCAGAUGCUGACAUGGAACCAAAUGUAUCUGUGUAUUCUGGAUUGAAAGAAGAGCAUGUUGUGAAAGCCAGCGCGUUGUUACGUCUCUAUUGUGCUUUGAUGGGGAUCGCUGGUCUGAAACCAACGGAUGAGGAAGCUGAACAGUUACUUCAACUAAUGACGAGUCGUCCUCCUGCGACUCCAGCUGGUGUUCGUUUUGUAUCGCUCUCGUUCUGCAUGCUCCUGGCUUUCUCCACCCUUGUCAGUACCCCAGAACAGGAGCAGCUGAUGGUAAUGUGGCUGAGUUGGAUGAUAAAAGAAGAAGCCUACUUUGAAAGCAUUUCUGGGGUUUCUGCUUCCUUUGGAGAGAUGCUCUUACUGGUUGCCAUGUAUUUCCACAGCAAUCAGCUCAGCGCAAUCAUUGAUUUGGUCUGUUCUACUCUGGGAAUGAAGAUUGUUAUUAAGCCCAGUUCACUGAGCAGAAUGAAGACCAUCUUUACGCAGGAGAUUUUCACUGAACAGGUUGUCACAGCCCAUGCAGUUCGUGUGCCUGUAACAGGAAAUCUGAGUGCCAACAUCACUGGGUUUUUGCCCAUUCACUGUAUCUACCAGCUUCUAAGGAGCCGGUCAUUCACCAAACACAAAGUGUCCAUAAAGGACUGGAUUUAUAGACAGCUGUGUGAAACCACCACACCACUUCAUCCUCAGUUACUUCCUCUUAUUGAUGUCUACAUUAACUCUAUUCUUACUCCCGCUUCUAAAUCUAACCCAGAGGCCACAAAUCAGCCAGUCACAGAACAGGAAAUCUUGAAUGUUUUUCAAGGACUCACUGGGGGAGAAAAUGCUCGUGUUAAUCAGCGUUACAGUAUCACAGCCCAGCUGCUUGUCCUCUAUUAUGUCCUCUCUUAUGAAGAGGCCCUCCUGGCUAACACAAAGACAUUAGCUGCCAUGCAAAAAAAGCCCAAGUCUUACUCUUCAGCACUGAUGGAUCAGAUUCCAAUCAAGUACCUUAUCCGGCAGGCACAAGGACUACAGCAGGAACUGGGAGGCUUGCAUUCUGCGUUGCUGCGCCUCCUUGCUACUAACUACCCACACUUGUGUAUUGUGGACGAUUGGAUCUGUGAGGAGCAAAUCACGGGUACUGAUGCCUUGCUGCGACGGAUGCUUCUUACCAACACUGCCAAAAACCAUUCUUCCAAACAACUCCAAGAAGCAUUUUCCAUGCUCCCAGGAAAUCACACCCAGGUGAUGCAGAUUCUAGAAAACUUAACACUACUAUCUGCUGGUGAGCUGAUUCCCUAUGCAGAGGUAUUGACAGCAAAUAUGAACCAACUGCUGAAUACUGGAGUCCCACGGAGAAUUCUUCAGACAGUCAAUAAGCUUUGGAUGGUCCUUAACACUGUGAUGCCUAGAAGGUUGUGGGUGAUGACUGUUAACGCGUUGCAGCCUUCCGUAAAGAUAGUCCGACAGCAAAAGUACACUCAGAAUGAUCUGAUGAUUGACCCUCUGAUUGUACUGAGAUGUGAUCAGAGAGUUCAUAGGUGUCCUCCUCUGAUGGAUAUUACUCUGCACAUGCUGAAUGGAUAUCUUCUGGCUUCAAAAGCCUACCUUAGUUCCCACCUAAAGGAAACGGCUGAGCAGGACAUUAGGCCAUCCCAAAAUAUGAUGGGCCCAGAGGCCCCAGAAGUUACAAGAGAGGAACUGAAAAAUGCAUUGCUUGCUGCCCAGGACAGUGCUGCUGUGCAGAUCCUUUUAGAGAUUUGCUUACCUACAGAAGAGGAGAAAGCUCAGGGUUGCAACUCUCACAGCCUGCUAAAGAAUAUUCAAAGUGCUGCUGCCAUUGGACCUCAGAGUAAGGGUUUAGAAGAGGAAGAAGAUAGCCUUUUGUGUAAUCUUCGAGAAGUGCAAUGUCUCAUCUGCUGCCUACUGCAUCAAAUGUACAUUGCAGAUCCCAACAUUGUUAAACUAGUUCACUUCCAGGGUUAUCCAUGUGAACUUCUGUCACUGACAGUGGCAGGUAUUCCUUCCAUGCAUAUCUGUCUGGAUUUCAUACCAGAGCUCAUUGCUCAACCUGAACUCGAAAAACAGAUAUUUGCCAUCCAGCUGCUUUCAUAUUUGUGUAUCCAGUAUGCAUUACCUAAAUCUCUCAGUGUGGCUCGCUUAGCUAUCAAUGUCAUGGGAACACUGCUAACAGUUUUAACCCAGACAAAGCGCUAUGCUUUCUUCAUGCCGACCCUGCCUUGUUUGGUCUCCUUCUGCCAAGCCUUUCCUCCGCUGUAUGAUGAUAUUAUGUCUCUGCUGAUACAGAUAGGACAAGUUUGUGCCUCUGAUGUUGCUACACAGACAAGAGACUUUGAUCCAAUUAUUACACGUCUCCAGCAACUAAAGGAGAAACCAAAUGAAGAAUCAGGACUUUGUAAAGACUCAUUUUAUAAGAGUGGACUAAAGAACAUAGGAAGCAUGGACCCUGAUGUUCAGUUAUGCCAGUGUAUUGAAAGGACCAUCAUUGAAAUAAUUAACAUGAGUGUUAGUGGAGUUUAGGAAAAACAGAAAUGAAGUUGGACUACAGCAAGUAUGAUGUACAGUUUCUAAUUUUGGUAACAACUGCCAAAGUGGAAUUAGGAAUUGGAUUGGAACCAGUAGUAUCUUUCACUUGUUGGAUUCUACACAAAGUUGUGGACUGAUCCUGUCCAAAGAGGAGAAUUCUUAAGGAGAUCUGCACUGCUUUCCUUUGAAAGCCUGUCUGCCUCAAGUGAUGUUCCUAAAUGAAGACCUUUCUAGUGGAGUUAGGUUGUGAAUACCCGCAAUGUUUUCAUAUAACACCCUUUUAAAAAGCAGCCUGUGAAGUAAGCCUAACGUUUGUCUUAACGUGUUGAGCCUUCCCAUCUUGCAGAGACAUGGUGGGCAAGAGAAAAACGUGCAGGGAAAAUUGGGAUUGAAAAGCAAUAACCCAAACAGACAGUUGCAACAGUGUCUUGCAAAGCAAGAUGCAAUAAACUCCCUAAAGAACAGCAUGGAGAAGACUGGAAAAACCACUCUAAAUUGCUUCUGCAGUUUCAUGAAGUCCUAGACAAAGACUAAAAAUCAUUUUACUCACUUUUCAAACCACUGCACAAGGUUUGAGUUGAUGAGAUCAGCAACUCUCAAAAUAUUAAGGCAUUCAUUUGCAAAUGAGUCGGCUUUUAAAAAAUUGUACAAACAAGUUUGGGAUGACUGAAAGUCUUGAAAUUGGUCAAAAAGUUUCAACAAAUGUUAAUACUGCAAAAGCACAUUCUUUUAAAAGAACUUUAUUUUUAUAAUGCUGCUCAAUUAUCUUUAGUAUUUUUUUUUAAUAUUGCUUACUUUAACAAACAUGAGAGGAGCCUAAAGCACUAAAUGCAAAAGAUCUCUUGAUUUAUCAUCUGGAUAGGAUUUAAAAAUCAGUGGUCUUGAGGCCAAAGUGAUAAACGCUAAAUUGCCUUGUGAUGAAUGGCAGAUUUUAGCCAUAGCAAAGUGAUUCUAAGAAAAGAGGCAUGUGGUGGAGCGGUGUGCAGUUUGGUGAAUUAAAAGGAUCAAACCGUCACACACCCAGAACUUUUGAAAGUAGUGAGUAGUUACUGCAUGAAAGAAAACUGCAGGAUAAAGCAUGCGUUUGCUUGCAUUGUGCCUGCUACACCCUUCUGCAGCCAUGCACAAGCUCUUUUGGUGUAGCAGGAUGACAGUCUCUACUAAAGCCAUAAAUAGAGGAAAGUAAAUGGCUUUGUUGUGUGAGGUAAGUGUAGUACUUCUAGCAGGCAUUUUGCUAUUAAACUGUACCAUUUUAAGAGGAUCUUCUGUUGUAUUAAAAUGACAGCAUCCAUGGUCUUUCUAAAAGAAAAAAAGUAAAAUAUUCUGUUUGAUUAAACCUAUUUUUAAUCCCCUGAAGAAAUGACCUGAUUCUCUUAAAAACAGCGGCCUUCACUUCUGUGUAGCUUGUCCUUCAAAGGUAUCAGACCAGAGUGCAGAAAAGCUAAUACUGAAAUUGCAAAACCAAAUGUACAAUACAUAUUCCAGUACUAUCUCCGUAUUGAUUGGUCAAAGCCUCCAAUAACCAUGUGUUAAUACACUUUUAGUAGGAAGGUGGUGUGCUUUUUGCCAUAUGUAUUGAUGUAAAGUAUGUAAAUAAGUUAAAUUUUAUUUGUUUUUCUCAAGAUUGUAAUAUUUUAUAUGCUGUAGUGACAUUUUAAGAGAAACCUAAUGUACAUAUAUUUUUUGGAUGGAUUCAUAAACUGCUUCAGAUGGA